AGUUUUAAGAUGGAAGAACGAAAGGAGCCAGAUUUGGUUGUGAUCCACGAUAAUUUAGAGAAAAUUAGAAAAUAGUUGGAAAGUGUUUAUGGGAAUAUUGCUAAUCAUGCGAAGAUAGGACAACCACUGCAAAUCCUGGACAAUAUGGAUUUUUAUAGGGAGACCAAGUUGAUCGAUUUUGUUUCUAAAGUGGGAAGAUAAUUCAGAAUGAAUAGUCUAUUAAAUAAAGAUCACAUAAACAAGAGAUUGAACAGUGGUGAUGAUGGUUUGUCAUUGACUGAGUUCUUCUAUACAAUUUUACAAAGUUACGACUUCGCAUACUUGAAUGAGAAAUACGAUUGCACUUUGUAAAUAGGAGGGAGUGAUUAGUGGGGUAAUAUUACUAAUGGCUGCGAUUUCGUAAAGAAAUAAUACAAGAAGUAGGUGUAUGGGAUAACCACUCCUUUGUUGACAGACAAGAAUGGGUAGAAGUUUGGGAAGAGUGAAGGGAAUGCAUUGUUUUUGGAUGCGAGUUCGAAACACAAUAUGAAAUAGUAUUUGUUGAAUUUAGCAGAUGAUUCAAUGAGGGAUUUCUUACUGAUGUUGACCUUCUUAAAGGAGGAGCACAUUGAUAGUGUAAUGGAACAGCACAAGCAGAGUCCAGAGAAGAGAGUGGCUUAGAAGUGUUUGAGUGAUGAAUUAAUGAAGAUGAUAUACGGAGAGGAGAAUUCUGCUGACAAGAACUAGAUACUAUAUGGGUUAAGGAGGGAUCGCUUAUUGAAUAUGAGUGCAUAAGAGUUUGAUAGGUUGGCAGAGGAGAUAGAUAAGGAUGUAGUGAUAAGAGUACCGAAGGAGAAUUAAUUGAUGGAGGUGUUAUUGAGAUUGAGAUCAUCGAAGUCAGAAAUUCGGAGAUUAUUACAAUAAGGAGGAAUUCUAAUUAAUGAUUAGAAGGUGGAGUCGUUGGAGUAGGCUCAAUUGUUGCAUGAUAAAUACAUGUUAUUAAGGAUUGGAAAAAGGGAUGUGAGAUUAUUAAUAUUUAUUUGA